GCGUCAGUGCUUGGCGGACGGGCUGACGCGUUGACGUCGGCACCGCGCGCUCUCUCACUAUGGCGCGCCUCACUAUUACCUCACUAAUCCUCAGUUUUGUGGCCCUCGUCACUGCCCAGGACUAUUACCACACACCCAGGAUAGGAUCCAAACUAGCGUCCUGCUAUAACACGGACGGACAGCCGCAACGAUGUAUUCCGGAGUUCGAAAACGCUGCCUUCAUGGUGCAGAUGGAGGCGACCAACACUUGCGGAGACAACGGCGUCAGGAUGUACUGCAUCCAGACUUCGGCAGGAACUUCUACCAGGUCUUGUGACUUCUGCCAGCCCGGGCAGUUCUCCAGUUAUUUCUUGACUGACUUGCACCACGAGCUCGAGAACCAGACCUGGUGGCAGUCGGAGACCAUGAAGGAGGGUAUCAGAUAUCCUAACCAAGUCAAUCUGACACUGCAUUUGGGCAAAGCAUACGACAUCACAUACGUCAGAAUCGUGUUCUACUCGCCGCGUCCGCAGAGCUUCGCCAUCUACAAGAAGGCCAGCGAGGACAGAGACUGGGAGCCAUUCCAAUACUUCAGUGCCUCCUGUCGAGAUACAUAUGGCAUCCAUGAGCAAAGAGCAGCUGACCUUGGUGCUGAAACCAGGGCUCUCUGCACCAGCGAGUACUCAGACAUAUCACCCCUCACUGGAGGGAAUGUGCUUUUCUCAACCCUUGAAGGAAGACCAUCUGCAUACACUUUUGACAGCAGUCCAGAGUUACAGGAUUGGGUAACAGCGACUGACCUCCGUAUUUCGCUUGACCGCCUCAACACCUUCGGUGAUGAGAUCUUCGGUGACACACAAGUGCUGCAAUCGUAUUGGUAUGCCAUUGCCGACGUGGCAGUCGGAGCUCGGUGCAAGUGCAACGGGCACGCGUCACGCUGCGACACGCAGGACUUGCCUGACGGCACCAGGGCGAGGGCUUGCAAAUGCGAACACAACACAGCCGGCCGUGAGUGCGAGCGAUGCCUGGACUUCUACAACGACGCGCCGUGGGGCCGGGCCUCUCCGACCAACGUUCACGAGUGCAAGGCUUGCAACUGCAACGGUUUCUCCAACAAGUGUUACUUCGACAAGGACCUUUACGAGCGCACUGGACACGGCGGCCACUGCAUCGACUGCGCCGAGAACAGGGACGGCGCCAACUGCGAGCGAUGCAGGGAAAACUAUUUCCAGGGCUCUGGUGAUAUCUGCUUGCCUUGCAACUGUAACCCUACUGGUUCCAGAAGCCUCCAGUGCAAUGCUGAAGGUAAAUGCCAGUGUAAGCCAGGAGUAACUGGAGACAAGUGCGACGUUUGCGCACCCAACCAUUACGAGUUCACCAACCAGGGUUGCAAGCCUUGCGGGUGUAAUGAAUCUGGAUCGUAUGGCAACACUCCACAGUGCGAUCCGCAGACUGGCGUCUGUCUGUGCAAGCAGAACGUGGAAGGCAAACGCUGUAGAGAAUGUAAACCGGGCUUCUUCAACUUGGACUUGGCAAAUGAGUUUGGUUGUACUCCUUGCUUUUGCUUCGGCCACUCUUCCCAAUGCAACUCUGCACCCAAGUAUCAAGCGCACGAGAUUAGCGCGCACUUCAUCAGGGACUCCGAGAAGUGGGGAGCUGAGGAUGAUCAGAGAAAACCGGCCAUGCUCCAGUUCAAUGCUAAUACACAGAAUAUUGGUGUGGUGUCAAAGAACUCGGAGAUUGUGUACUUCCUAGCCUCCAAUCAGUUCCUGGGUGAUCAGCGACCGUCCUACAACCAUGACUUGAUGUUCACGCUACGACUAGGAGAGAGCAGGGGAUAUCCUUCAGCUCAGGAUAUUAUCCUGGAGGGCUCCAAGACUUCCAUAUCCAUCAACAUCUAUAGUCAGAACAACCCUGAACCAAAUGAUCAGCCCCAAGAGUAUAAAUUCCGUUUACACGAAGACCCUCGCUUCGGCUGGACUCCCACCCUCUCGAACUUCGAAUACAUGUCAAUUCUUCAAAACCUCACCGCUAUCAAGAUCCGAGGUACAUAUAACAAAGCUGGAGUGGGCUAUCUCAUGAACUUCAAGUUGGAGACAGCCAAGAUUGGGAGAGAGAAGGGUUCGGCACCAGCAAAUUGGGUGGAGAAAUGUUCUUGUCCUAAGGCAUAUGUCGGAGAUUAUUGUGAAGAGUGCGCUCCUGGGUUUAAGCAUGAGCCUGCCAAUGGCGGACCAUACUCCGCCUGCAUACCUUGCGACUGCAACGGGCAUGCGCACAUUUGUGACACUGCUACUGGUUUCUGUAUCUGCAAGCACAAUACCACUGGAAGCAACUGUGAACUUUGUGCUAAGGGUUUCUAUGGCAACGCGAUAGCUGGCACACCUGACGACUGCAAGCUGUGCCCUUGCCCCAAGGACAGUGGCUGCAUCCAGCUCAUGGACCAGAGCAUUGUAUGUACCGACUGUCCUGAAGGAUAUGCUGGACCUCGUUGCGAGGUGUGCGCCGACGGUUACCACGGCGACCCUACUGGCCAGUUCGGGCCCGAACACAAGUGUGAAGAGUGUCAGUGUAAUGGAAACGUUGACCCCAAUGCUGUCGGCAACUGCAACAGGACUACCGGAGAGUGUCUCAAGUGUAUUUACAACACUGCCGGGGAUCAUUGUGACAAGUGUUUGAGUGGAUAUUUUGGAGACGCUCUGGAUCCGAAAAAGAAGGGAGACUGCAAGCCUUGCCAGUGCCACGUGGCGGGUACUAUCGAAAGUCCAGAGGGACCUCCACAGUGCGACGGGCUCACCGGAUACUGCUCGUGCCAACCUCACGUCAUUGGCAGGAAUUGUGAUAAGUGCGAGGAUGGCUACUACAACAUCGACUCCGGCGAUGGGUGCAAGCCUUGCGAGUGCAACCUGGAAGGCUCGUACAACGGCACUUGCCAUCCACAGACCGGCCAGUGCUAUUGUAAACCUGGUAUUGACGGGAAACACUGUGACCGCUGCCGGGCCUACCACUACGGCUUCUCAGUUGAGGGGUGCAAGGACUGUGACUGCGACGAGUGGGGUUCGACCAACUACCAGUGCGACAUGGCCGGCCAGUGCUCCUGCCAGGAGAACGUUGAGGGACGUCGUUGUGACAAGUGUAUGGAAAAUAAGAAGAGACGUUUGGACGGCCAGGGUUGUGAGGACUGUCCGCCGUGCUAUAAUCUCGUGCUGGAUGCCGUCAACGAGCACAGGAGAGAACUGCGAGAACUUGACGAGAUUCUAUCUAAGAUAUCCAAAACCCCCACGGUGGUGGAAAACGCAGAUUUCGACAAGGAAUUGCAGCGAGUAAGGAAUGAAAUUGACCAACUGGCGCAGAGGGCACAGGUGGAAGUCGGUGGACCUGGCGCCAGCCCUACUGACAGCCUGGCAGAGCUGGCCGACCGACUGGCUGACGUCAGAAAUAUGCUCUUCAAGAUUGAGGACGAGAGUUACGAUGGUAACGAAGCCGUGGAGAAGAGUAAAGGCAAUGUAUCCAAGGCGGAAGACACUAUAGAGGCCGCGCAGAAGGAGAUCAAUAGUGCUCUAGAAUAUUUGGACGGCGAAGGAGCAGCGGCGCUUGCAAAGGCUCGUAACAGAUCAGAUCAGUUCGGCAAACAGUCUGUCGAUAUGUCUGCCUUGGCGAAGGAAUCGCGACUCCUCGCUGAGAAACUCGAGAACGAAGCCAAGAACAUCAAAGAUAUCGCAGAUAAAGCAUUCAACACGUCGCUUAUCGCUAAUAAGAUUGCUAAGGACGGUAUCACUAAGCAAGCUAAUAUUAGCAAUGAAGUUCAAAUCUUGACAAAUGAGCUCAAUGCCGCCUCUGGUAAGCUAGGCAGCAUGUCAGAACUGGCUGACCAGGCCUUGAAGAGAGCUAAGACUGUGUAUGAUGAAGCGCUUGGGCUAUAUGCAGAAGUGAACACCACGCUGCUUCCUGACAUCAAACUGAGCAAGCUGCAUGAGGAUGCGAUUGACAUGAAUAAAACUAUCGAUGAAAAGUCAGCAGAACUCAGCCGCCUGAUAACCGAGAACAACGACACGCUGCGAGGGUUGGAAGAUGCCAUUAAGCGAGGUCGUGAGCUGUUAGACCAGGGUCACGACAGGCAGGACGAGCUGAAUGACCUGCUAGCCAAACUGGACGUGCUGCAAGCGCAAGCGAAGAGCGAUGUCGAGCUUACAAAAGCCACUCUCAAAGAUGCUAAUGAAAUCUACAAGACUUUGAAAGAAUUCAGCGACCAAGUAACAGAAUCCCGAAAACAGGCUCUUCAAGCGGCCCUAGACGUGCCUGGCGUGCAGCAGAAGGUGGCUGCGGCUGAGGAGAGCGUCAGCAGCGUUACCGAAGAACUGUACAAUGCCAGCGACAAAGCUAAAGAGGCGAGGGACCUCGCGCAGCAAGCGCAGAAGGACUACGCUGUUAAGGCUUCGGAGGCAGCCCAUGAAAUCAAGAAGAAGUCCUCCACGUCCAGGGCGGAGGCUGUCAAGCUUAGGGAUGAAGCUGAUAAGUUAUCAACUCGUGUUCAAGGCACUGCUAAACAGAUCGAGGAUCUUGAAAAGAAGGCGGCUGAAAAUAUGCAGUUGACACGAGAUGCCAAAAUGAAGGUUGGUCAAGCAAACACAGAUGCGAGGGAAGCUGAAAAGCAAGUGUCCAAGGGCCUCGGAGACCUUAAGGUCAUCAUGGACGAACUUAUGAACCUACCUACUUUAGACGACAAGGCUCUGGACAGGCUCCAGGUAAGUUUGGACAAAGCUGAGAGGGCGUUGAAGGAAGUCGACCUAGACGGCAAGAUCAAGAGCCUGACAGAAGCCAAAAACAGCCACCAGAGAUGGAUGAAACAAUAUCAAGAUGAGCACGACCACCUCAAAGCUGAGGUCGAGAACGUAAAGGACAUACUUGACCAGCUCCCAGUCGGGUGCUACAAGAGAAUAGUCCUCGAACCCACUGAGGGGCCCAGCCGACCCGCCAGCUCCAGUUAGACUAAUGGGAAUGAGUCAGCGUAUUCAAUGGAAAUUCGUAUCCAAUGGGAAACUGUUAAAACUUGUACUUUUCGUAUGAUUAUUAGGUGGAUACUAAAAGUAUUGUGUGAAUGUGCCUUACAUUUAAAUUCCAUUUGUGGUUUUGCCAUACCAGCGUUUUUAAUGGGAAAUAUACAGUUGUAUUUACGCUAUAUUUACGUAAUUGUAUGUUUUAUAUUUUGAUGCAUAAAUCACUAAUUUUCAAUAUGUUGAGUCAAAUAUUUAAAUAAAUAUACAUUUUCCUAUUAUAACAUAGCUCGCAUAGAUUUAAUUAGAUAUAAAGGCAAUAUAUUAAGAACUAGAAGUCUUUUUGAGGCUAAACUGCUUCCUAUAAUAAAUAUGCAAGUAUUCCUUUAUUUUCGUGUUCCCAUUGACUGAGUAUCCGAUGGGAAUACGGUGUUGCUUAUAACAUGAAUCAAUAUUUCAUUUAACUUUUUUCUGAGCGUAAUAAAUAAGCUAUAUUAAAAUAUAUAUUAAUUAAAUAAAAUUGAUUUAAACGAACAAUAAAUAUUUUGGACAUAUAAUCUGUAAGUUUGUUUUAUAGGUAUCGAAAAUACAAGAAAAAAAGAUUCUGUUCAUAAUUGUAUUCCGUACUUAUAACCUGCAUUUAUUACGAGCAUUUUUGUACUUAGUAUAGUUAGUUAUUUAAUAGCUUCGUCAUCUAUUACCUAGUAUUUUUUUCAGAAAUAUUUUUUGUCUGUGUUUUAGUACUGGAUAAUGCCAUUCAACGACGCUUAGAAGGCUGGCAAUAAUUCUUCGCAGUAGAAAUUUAUAAGCAAGAUAUAUACGUUCCAAAUAUCAUCUAAUUAGCUCGUGUUAGAGCCAGUGCAGUCAGCAGUUAUUGCAGAAUAAAUAACCAUGUGCCCUAUCUAUUUAUAAGUCCACAUCAAAUAGGUAUUGUCUGAAAGAAUCUCUUUAUAAUUUUAAAUUUACCAUAACUCAGUAAUUUUACGAUUAAAUAUAUCUAAACAUUAACUGCCGUUUUUAAUAAACGAUCCCAAUCUUAACCUUCAAUCCGAUUCCGACUUUGAACCAAUCAGAAAGCAAGUGAAAAACUGUUCUGAUUGGUCAAUUUAUGAGAUAGAAAAAGCGGUUGGGAUCGUUUAUCGAAAAUGGCGGUUAGAAGCUUCACACUCGAAUAUGUUGGAGUAUAAUUCGCAUCAAUAUAAUUAUUUUUAAUUUAAAAUUAGAACAGUGAAACGGUAAUGUGUCGGACUAUGUUUUCUAAUUCCCGUGCCAUGACCCUUGGCGCUAUGUAAAUAAGAUGUAUUUUAAGUCGAACAUGUUUUCUCAGUACGCACCUUAGCACGGAGAUCGCCAAAGAAAUGGUAUAUUUGUAUUUUAAUAUUUUUUAUAAGUUCACUAUAACGAAAUACGGAAAGAUAAAACUUUGUGAGUAAUAUAAUCUUUGUAUUGUAGUUUAUUUAUUUGUAAUAAAACUCAUUGAUACAU